GGAGUGUGGAGUCGGGCUGCGUGCUGACCGUGUCUGCGGCUGCGAACCACACGGGUCGGGGGACGCUUCCCCGCAGCGCGGGCGGCCCCGGUCCCCUCGGGCUCCGCGGUCCGGAGGGCACCAUGGACGACAAGGAGCUAAUUGAAUAUUUUAAGUCCCAGAUGAAGGAAGAUCCUGACAUGGCCUCAGCAGUAGCCGCCAUCCGGACUUUGCUGGAAUUCUUGAAGAGAGAUAAAGGGGAGACCAUCCAGGGCCUGAGAGCAAACCUCACCAGUGCCAUAGAAACCCUGUGUGGCGUGGACUCCUCUGUGGCCGUGUCCUCAGGCGGGGAGCUCUUCCUACGCUUUAUUAGCCUCACCUCCUUGGAAUACUCGGAUUACUCUAAAUGUAAAAAGAUCAUGAUUGAGCGGGGAGAACUUUUUCUCAGGAGAAUAUCCCUAUCGAGAAAUAAAAUUGCAGAUCUGUGCCAUACUUUCAUCAAAGAUGGGGCGCGAAUAUUAACUCACGCCUACUCCAGAGUGGUCCUGAGAGUUUUGGAGGCAGCAGUGGCGGCUAAGAAGCGUUUCAAGGUGUACAUUACAGAGUCACAGCCUGAUUUAUCAGGUAAGAAAAUGGCCAAAGCUCUCUGCCACCUCAACGUCCCUGUCACUGUGGUCCUAGAUGCUGCUGUUGGCUACAUCAUGGAGAAAGUGGACCUUGUCAUAGUUGGCGCUGAAGGGGUUGUUGAAAACGGGGGCAUCAUUAACAAGAUUGGAACCAACCAGAUGGCCGUGUGCGCCAAAGCACAGAACAAGCCUUUUUAUGUGGUUGCAGAAAGUUUCAAGUUUGUACGGCUCUUCCCACUAAACCAGCAAGAUGUCCCAGAUAAGUUUAAGUAUAAGGCAGAUACCCUGAAGUCUGUGCAGACCGAACAGGAUCUCAAAGAGGAGCACCCGUGGGUGGACUACACGUCUCCUUCCUUGAUAACACUGCUCUUUACAGACCUGGGGGUGUUGACACCCUCAGCGGUCAGCGACGAGCUCAUCAAGUUGUAUCUGUAACCGCUGGACCCUUCCCUGCUGGCGCAGCUGAGGCACUUGGGGCGGGGCACUUUCCAGAAAUACAAAUUAGAUUACUGGCUACUUAUCCAGUGAAAGACCUGCCCAAGCCCACCUCCCUUCUUCCCUGCACUCCAGACUGAUUUGCUACAAGCAUCAAAGAGAUGCAGGCCUUCCUGUGCAGCCAGGCGCCCCUUCAGGAACUAACAGCUGCCCGGGACACACAUUACGUACGGCGCCUCGUGAGAAAGGCUAGAAACCAUGUUCAGUUCUCAUCAGGCUUCCAGCGGUGAACACGAGCCAGGGACUGCCAUCCCCUCAUCGGUCUGGGGGCAGACAGAAUGGAAACCAGCAAGAGAACCCGAGGAAGGCAGAAACGGCAUUUAGCAGGAGCAUCCUAUAUGGCUCAUCACAUAUGAAGACCUUCCAGAACGUUUAUAAGCUGAAAUUCUGCAUCUGUGAAAGAUGUGAAUCUCCUUUAGAUGUUGUUUGUGCCUGACCAGCUUUUUAAAAUUGUACUUGGGGACAAAUCGAGCAUCUUUUCAAAUAAAUUCUAUGAAGGGUUUUGA